AUGGCUCGUGAAAUUCGUUUUAUCGAUCGAUCUUUAACAUCUGGUCUAUAUCAAAUAUUUUGUUCUAGUCCUUUUUUUGCGAUCUGUUCAUUUUCAUGUAUUAUUUUUAUCUCAUCUGUGAUACCGUUAGCAUUUAUUUGGUUGAUACAAUGUAUUUUUUUAAAUAUUUCUUCUAUUUCAAUCGAAUCCUCGUUUUUACGUACGGCGAUUACGAUAUGGUCACUAGCUGAAGUUACAUUUUUUUUCUAUCAAUGGUAUCUUUAUUCAAAAAUUCAACAUCGAACAACACCACCACAUAUAACAUCAGCAGAACGCGAUGAACUCGUAUCUUAUGCACUAGCAAAUAUAAAAAGUGUGUCUCAUACAUUAAGUAAAUGGUUUAUGGAUUGUCCAUUUCGAGAUAUUGAUCGAGAAAGUAUUGUAGGAUGGCUUGCAUUCGCAUUUUAUUCAAAAGAAUAUGGUGAAUUAAAUGAUGAUGAAUAUAAACAGAUUGAUGCUUUUAUUGAAAAAAUUCAAGAACAAUAUCAAUUAGAAGCACCUAUUGAUAAAUCAGAUAAAAAAAUAUUUUAUAUGAAACAUAUACUUGAUCCUGUUCGCAUAAUUUUUAGGCCAUUAGCGUUCUAUUUUGUAACAGAUACAUUAUUGAAUGGAAUACUUGGCACAAGUAUUUUCUAUCUAAGAGGAUAUGAAUUCGCUAAAAUAGGUCAUUUACAAUUUUGGACUUGUUAUCAUAAAUCAAGUCAUCGAGAAGAAGAAGACGAAGAACCAAUUAUUUUCUUUCAUGGCAUUGGCUCUGGUUUACUUAUGUAUCAACCAUUCAUCUCACGUAUUCAUGAGAGAUUCAGUCGAAAUCGCCGUCUCAUAUUCAUAUCAAUGCGAUGUAUUUCUAUGCGUUAUCCAUCGUUGAAUGAUAUUCCAAAUAUGUUAGAGACAACUGAUUCAAUGAAAAUGAUAUUUAACUAUUAUAAACUGAGUAAAGCUAUUUUUAUUGGUCAUAGCUAUGGUACUGCAUGUCUUUCAUGGAUUGUACAAAAAUGUCCACAAUACAUAUCACGUUUAAUUUUUAUUGAUCCGAUUUGUUUUGCACUAUUUGAACCUUACGUUAUUUAUAAUUUUGUCUAUCGUACGCCAUACAAAUUAGGUCAUCUCUAUAUGUAUUAUUUUGUUUGCCGCGAGUUAGGUAUAUCACAUGUUGUUAGUCGUCAUUUCUGGUGGACACAAAAUAAUUUAUAUAUUGAACAAAUACCUUUAUGUUCGAACAAAAGAGUGCCGACACAUAUUAUUUUAGCUGGACGUGAUUGCAUUGUUAACGCAGGUUUAGUUCGAGAUUAUCUUGCAGAUAAUAAUAUUGACUAUUAUUGGGCACCAAACAUUUCUCACGGUGGUUUCAUGCGUGAUAGGGAUAGUUGGGAGAAAGUAUGCGAAUGGAUUUCGUGA